AUUGUAACAAUUUUUUUUUGGAAUUAUUUAUUCAUUGACCACCUUCUCAGACCAUGCGUUCCACGACACAAAAUACUCACUUAGACCCACAACCUCUUCCAUCAAACCAAACAAUCCCUUUUCCUCAGACAAAACUUUGUCUCUGAAUCUGAAAAUCAAGAUUAGACAUGUCUCAUUUUGUGUUUCUCUUUAUUAUUUCCAUGUUCAUUAAUCUGUCACAAGGAGCGCAAAUGCCUUACAUGACUACUGAUCCGAAAGAAGUUUCCGGCAAGUCAUUCGAUUACAUCGUUGUUGGAGGCGGAACUGCGGGGUGUUCCUUAGCUGCUACUCUGUCUGAGAAAUACUCUGUUCUGGUCAUUGAACGCGGUGGCUCGCCUUUUGGAGAUCCAUUAGUAGAAGAUAAAAAGUACUAUGGAUACUCAUUGAUAAAUACAGAUGAAUACUCAUCCGUUGCGCAAAGUUUUACCUCCGUAGAUGGAAUCAAAAACCACAGAGGACGUGUUCUUGGAGGAUCGAGCGCUAUCAAUGGCGGAUUUUACAGCCGAGCUAGCGAUGAGUUUGUGAAGAAAGCUGGUUGGGACAAGGAUCUGGUUCAAGAAUCUUAUAAAUGGGUUGAGUCUAAGGUUGUCUUCAUGCCGGAGUUGACUCGAUGGCAAUCCAUUGUGCAGUUCGGAUUUCUUGAAGCAGGGUUUUAUCCGUAUAACGGAUAUAGUUUGGAGCACACGCAAGGGACAAAGAUCGGUGGAAGCAUAUUUGAUCAGUGUGGGAAAAGACAUACAUCUGCAGAUCUUUUGGGAUAUGGUAAACCAAAUUGCAUCACUGUUCUUCUAAACGCAACGGUAAAGAGCAUAAUCUUUGAUGCUAACAAGACUCGCGCAGUUGGAGUUAGGUUUAUGGAGAGUGAUGGGAACUCAAGUAAGAGCUACAAAGUUCAUGUUGAGCAGCAUAGAGGCGAGGUUAUACUUGCGGCUGGGGCUUUAGGUAGUCCGCAGAUUCUCCUCUUAAGCGGUAUUGGACCCGAGAAUCAUCUCAAUGAUUUCGACAUUCCUGUGAUUGUCAAUCUCAAAGAAGUCGGAAAACAAAUGUCAGAUAAUCCAGCGAUCUCUCUUCUCGUUGAUAGAUUCUCGCAAAACCUCACAGUCGAUCCACCUCAAGUUGUAGCGAUAACAGAAGGUUUUAAAUUCAUACUCCAAUCCCUGGUUCUUCCAACUAACAUUACCACAACAAGAACCGCUAUAUCAGCCAAAAUCGCAUUCCCUAAAUCCAAAGGAAGACUCAAGCUUAACAACACUAACCCUAGGGAGAAUCCGUCAGUGACGUUCAACUACUUGGAAAACAAGGCAGACCUUGACGCAUGCCAAGAGAUGGUUUUGCAUCUUCAACACGUGGCUAGGUCAAAGACUGUGACGUUUUUCUUGGGGACACAAGCUCAGGAUAAGCUAGUGGCAGGUGACGAAGAGCUUAAGAAGUUCUGCAUAAAGAAUGUGAGAACUUAUUAUCAUUACCAUGGGGGUUGCGUUGUGGGAUCUGUCGUGAAUGAGGAAUAUAAAGUGAAUGGUGUGAAGCGUUUAAGAGUCGUUGAUGGUUCAACGUUUGAAGAAUCACCAGGAACAAACCCUAUGGCAACAGUAUUAAUGCUGGGAAGAUAUCAAGGAAUCAAGAUACUCAAAGAACAUUAGGAAAGGUUGUUUAGCCCUUAAAAUAUUUUGAACCAAAACGAUGUAAAUGCAAAAAUGUUCAUGAAAAAGAUUUUAAACCAAAACGAUGUAAAAAUGUUCAUUAUAGUUUAAAUCCAAAUGAGAACUGAAAUCCAAAUGCUCGUAUCUUGUAAUAUAGCUUUUGUUUCAAGGAUUAGAUGUUUGGUUUUAAAUCUUCUCCAUCGACCAUUGG